AUGGCCAACCGCUUAUCGCGCAUGUUCUCUAGCACCGGAAAAUCAACCCCGAAGGACUCGGAUUCCCAUCGCGACUUUUCCGACAGCAGUACCGACAGUGUAAAGCCCACGACCAACGGCAGUGGCAAACAGUCCAAGCCGCCCUCCAGACCAUCAUCCAGAGCUCCAUCCCGACAGACUUCUCUGAAGGAGGACGGUGAAAAGAAGCCCAAGUCCACCGGUGGCAAAGACCAGAAGGAUGGAGCCGUCAUUCAUAAGCGCUUCGAAGUCUUGCCCGAGAACUCGCACUGUCACCAUCUGAGAAGUGCGCGCCGGCAGGAGAAACUGACCGACUUACUUCGAGACAUGCUCGGCGGCGGCAGAAAGAAGGAGGACCACGUGGAAGAUCAGCAACUGUCUCUGAUGUCCACAUGGAUCGACCAGUUUAAGAAUGAACGCGACAAGUUGGCCGCCGACAAGAAAGGCGGCCCCAACGCCACCGCAUCCCUGGUCGACAAGUACGGCAAAUGUCAGGAAAUCGUCGGGCGCGGUGCCUUUGGUAUCGUUCGGAUCUCCCACAAAGUCGAUCCCAAAGACUCCAGGGUGGAGCAGCUGUACGCCGUCAAGGAAUUCCGUCGUCGUCCCCAGGAGACCACCAAGAAGUAUCAGAAGCGGCUGACGUCAGAAUUCUGCAUCUCCUCAUCCCUCCGCCACCCGAAUGUCAUUCAUACCUUGGAUCUACUGCAGGAUGCCAAGGGUGACUACUGUGAAGUGAUGGAAUACUGUGCAGGCGGUGACCUCUACACCCUUGUGCUGGCUGCAGGGAAGCUGGAGGUCGCCGAAGCCGAUUGCUUCUUCAAGCAACUGAUGCGGGGCGUGGAAUACAUGCACGAGAUGGGCGUCGCUCAUCGCGACCUCAAGCCCGAAAACCUUCUCUUGACUACUCACGGGGCCCUUAAAAUUACAGAUUUCGGAAACGGCGAGUGUUUCCGUAUGGCCUGGGAAAAAGAAGCUCACAUGACGGCUGGACUGUGCGGCUCGGCCCCGUAUAUUGCGCCCGAGGAGUACGUUGAACGAGAAUUCGAUCCCAGGGCGGUUGAUAUCUGGGCGACCGGCGUCAUCUACAUGGCUAUGCGAACGGGCAGACAUCUAUGGAGAGUCGCGCGCAAGGACGAGGAUGAGUUCUACCAGCGGUAUCUCGAGGGGCGGAAGCAUGAGGAUGGAUACGCUCCGAUUGAGACCUUGCAUCGGGUAAGGACCGGUCCCGGUCGUCAUGGAAUGACUUGCGCUUACAAACCACGUCAGGCUCGUUGUCGCAACGUGAUUUAUUCGAUCCUUGAUCCUAAUCCUUCUCGCCGGAUCAAUGCCUCGCAGGUUCUCAAAUCCGAAUGGGUUCGUGAGAUUAAGCUGUGCAAGGCUGGCGAGGAAGGAUUUUGA